AUCUCAACAUUCGUAAAUAAAGGUGAGAUUACACGAUACUCAGAAAUAUCGAUUGAAACUUCUGAGUUACGGAAAACAAAACGCUUGACGAUUCGCGUAACCCACGUUCGUCGAGAUAACGAGCGACGUCGAGUCCAGUUAUAGUAAAAAGAGCGAUGGUAUCGCGACGUCGAUCUCCUCGUUCUCAGAACCGAGAUACGAGUGAAACGAUUCGAGUGCACCCACCUCGUAUUACGAGGACUGAUCUUGAUCUUGGCCGUUCACCCGGGCAGCGUUCAGCUUUCAUUAAAAAGACCAGCAAACCGCGGGAAUUACAGCGUUCGUCGGCCAGUGGAAAAAAAAGAAGAGAAAAAGAAGAAAAGAAACGGAACGAGGUGAAGGGUAGCCCCACGGUGGAGGGGCUGGUGGUCCUCCGGUUCUCGCCACGUCUUCCCCAUUAGCCAACUCCUUUCACGUGCGCUGGCAGCGGGUGCAAAAGAUUCCCUUUCAUUCUUAUCCGACUCCCAAUCACGUACGUGUAUAAAAGCGGCAAGCGUGUGCACAGUAGACAGCAGAUCAAAACCGCGGCUGAAACCGCCAAGUAUAUCGCGAGGAGGAACCGGCAGCUGGUCCUCCGGGCGUGCACCAUCGUCUAAUAGAGCUGGUUUACGCUAUCUAGGAACCUGGAGUGCAGAGGGCGGAACACGAUGACGAAUCUCGCGUCGACCAUCUUUGCGGUAGCCUCGCUGAUCAACUUGGCCUGUGCUGGAAGCCAUGGUGGACACGAACACGUGGUGAUCCACGUGCCCUACAAGAUCAAAACCAUCCACCACACGCACACCAUCACCAAGCACAUCCACCACGGAGGCGGGGGUGGCGACAAGUACGAAGUCCUAGGCUACACCGUGGGCCACCCCAUCGACUUGGGUGGUCACGGUGGUGGUGAUUUAGGAGGUGGCCACGACUUCGGUGGCGGCGGUGGCGGAGACUAUGGCGGUGGUCACAUCGAGUACGGCGGCGGUGGUGGAGGUGGCGGCGGUGGUCACAUCGAAUUAGGAGGCGGUGGCUACGGUGGCGGCGGUGGCUACGGUGGCGGCGGUGGUCACUACGAAUUAGGAGGCGGUGGCUACGGUGGCGACAUUGGAGGUGGAUUCGGUGGAGGCGGUGGAUAUGGAGGUGGGGGUGGAUACGGAGGUGGGGGCUUCGAAGGCGGCGGCCACGAAGACUGGGGUGGUCACUAA